AUGGAAGUGGCGCCAACCAGCAUUCAACCAUUCUUUAGCUGCUUGCCUUUAUACCCCCAUUCAAUCCCUCUCCAUUAUUUUGUUGUUGUUUGAUUCAACAACCCCCAAUUCAAUUCGCCUUUUUCUCUGCUUAAUCAAUCGAUUACCGGCAGAGGCGAAUUCGAUUAUGACGGAGCUGGAGAGGAGAGGCGGCGAGCAGGCGGCGGCGGCGGCGGGGGAGGGGGAGGAGGAGAGGCUGCUGAGCGAGGAGGUUUCUGUGUUGGAUUUCGACAUGCUGUGCUCGACCGUUGCGAUGCAGGCGCAGCAGGGGAAAUGGGGGAAGCUCAACGGAGAUGAGGAGGAUGAGCUUGGAUAUGGAGGCGGAGUCCAUAGAAUGUGGGAGGGUGAGCUCUUUUACGACUGUUUGGAUGAUCGACGCCUCGCUCUUCAAUCGUUAUGUUGCCCCUGUUACAGAUUUGGCAAGAAUAUGAAACGAGCAGGAUUUGGUUCUUGUUUUCUUCAGGGAUCUGUCCACUUGAUUCUUCUUGUCAUUGCCCUUUUCAACCUGCUAGCGUUCACAAUAACCAGAAAAUGCUACUUUCUCUAUUUGGCUAUGUCAUUCGCUCUCUCAGUUGGAACAUAUAUGGGAUAUUACCGCAUACAAAUAAAGAAGAAGUUCAAUAUAAAAGGCGGUGAUACUUCCUUAGAUGACUUCAUUUACCAUGUUAUUUGUCCGAGCUGCAUGUUAAGUCAGGAAUCGAGGACGUUGGAGAUGAACAACGUCCAGGAUGGAAUCUGGCAUGGGAGAGGGGACACCAUAUGCGUGGGAAGCGACAGUAAAGCCUACUUAGAGUUAUGUCCACCUUUUGUUGUGUCAACCAAAUGCCCACAACUUCUCAGCAUGCAACAAACCUCCAACGACGCCAUUGUUCUGCCGACUUCUGUGGUAGGGAUCGUGUGAACUGCUGCCUACUCUAACAUGGGGAUGAAGGCCUCUUCAGUGAGUCUCUUUAAACUGUGCCAGAAUCUGGGAAUCAUUGUUCCAAUACUGGAGGGAAAAUAGUUGGAAUUCCACAAAUAUUCUGGGAAUAUGGAGUCCCUUGCUGCUUAAUGAUGUCGAAAUUGGUGUACAUAUGAUGGUUGUUUGUCGGACUGCAAUGGUAAAUGCAAAUUAUCAUAAUUCUUUUAAAAGAAAAUUUCUGUGCAA